AUGCACAAGAUCACAGUCGUCAAUCAAAACGUUGUCAAAACUCAGAAAUUUGACUCAGGGGAUUUCGAAUUCACAGAACAUGCAACUGGCAAACAACAAAACAUGCUGUUGAAAACGAAAGCGAAAGGUGAUAUGUGUAACACUACUGAUUGCCAUUGCCUCCGUGAUCGUUAUUUGCAUUUUAAUACCGACAAAACAGCAGCAGCAACAACAACGGGAACUAGAACAGCAACAGCGACAAUAACUGGAACGGAACCAGCAACAACAACAUUUAUGCCAGGCCCAAUAUCAAUGGCUGCUGUUGACAGACACGUCUAUGGUGUGUGUAAUACAUCUGCAGGUGCAGAUAGCGUCGCAGCAAAUGCUGGUGAGUGGCGGUGUCAAUAUAUGGCAAGAGAAUCUCCAGACAAAGCAUGUGAUGGUUAUGUAUCGACGAAGUAUCUCAGCUUUGGAUCAUGCCAUAGUGGGGGUGAAGGUCCUACUUGUGGGACGGGUACGGGUUUUUAUCUUGAAUUAAGCCGUGGUCCAACACUGGUGAAUGGAAUGAAAGUUUGCACAGCUGAUGAUUUCGAGCAACGCGAUCCAAUUCAUGCAUCAUUAGAAGGAAGUAGUUUGUCAGGAAGAGAUCUUUCUCUUGGCAGUAGCUGGACUCUUCUGUACGGUGGUUCCAGUGGACUUGAGACAGAUCCUGGUCGAAAAAAAUGUGGACCACUGCAACUUUUUAAUAACACUAAAGAAUACAGAAGUUAUCGAUUUCUAGUGUCUGCCAAACGAAACAUAUCAAAUUGUGUUCAGUAUUCUGAAGUGCAAUUAUACAGUCUGUGA